AGGUGGUCUUAUCUACAAUUUUAUCGUAUUUAUUUACGAAAGUUUAGAUAUAAAUUAAAAUUUUCGUUCAUACUGACAAAUUAAAUGCUCUCAGUAUUUAAAUCGCUUUAAUAUUUAAUCCGAUUUGAAGAUCUUAAUUCGCAAUUGUUGAUUUAUGAUGAGGUUAUUAAAGUAAUGAAAUGCAGCAUUUUUUAGAGUCCUAUAGAAUGCGUUUUCUGAAUUAAGCACUUUAUUUUGCUGAUCGAAGUUACAAGUCAAUGAUGGCUACCCCACAAAAAGAUAUCGAAUUAAGUCCCGUGAACCCAGAAAAUAGCGGUAGAAAAAUUUCGACGGAUAAGAUGAAUCUACCGGUUCAAGACGAAGAAGACGUUAUAAUAGGACGCUUCCGAAAGAUAAGUUCAGCAAAAUCUAUGGCCGCUACCAACGGGAACAUACAAUAUCCUUCUGAGAUUAAACACGAUGUGGACUUAGAAAGUGGCCUUCAGUUUAAGACCAAAGAAGCAGAAAAAGAGAAGUUACUGGUACCUAGUAACGGUGAUGUCAAAGCGACUAGAUCUCCGGUGACGAAGAGCAGUUUUCGUGAUACAGAGAAGCCUUCCAGAUUUAAGGAUCAACCCUCAUCUACAAGAUUCCAAGACAUGGAGGACAAGCACUCUGAGGCGACGGAGUCCGCAGGUGAGGACAGCGACGAUCCUCUCACCACCACCGACACGAAAUACGGGAAGAGCUUCAGGCACUUCACAAGAGAAGCCCUGCCUCGGCUCGACAACUACCGCAACGUGAUGUCGCUGCACGCGGUGCCGAGGCCCACCCUGGACGAACUGCACAACGCCUCUCUCUCCAGAAAGCCCGGGCAAACCCUGGAGAAGGAUCUCUCGAUGCCGUCGCUCCCCUCAUCAUCAGUAAAGUUCGGGUGGGUGAAGGGCGUGCUGAUGCGAUGUCUGCUCAACAUAUGGGGUGUGAUGCUGUUCCUGCGGCUGUCCUGGGUGGUUGGCCAGGCUGGGGUUGGUCAGUCAGUUCUGCUUAUCUUGACGACGUCGGUGGUGACCACAAUCACGGCUCUCUCCAUGUCAGCUAUCAGCACUAAUGGCGUUAUAAAAGGAGGUGGCACCUAUUAUAUGAUAUCGCGGUCCCUGGGCCCAGAGUUCGGGGGUUCCAUAGGUCUGAUAUUCUCAAUGGCCAAUGCUGUCGCCUGCGCCAUGUAUGUUGUGGGCUUUGGCGAGUCCCUCAUAAGUCUCAUACCGGAGACCGCAUACAUGGUCAGCAAGAGUUGGGACCAAGCGAUAUACGGCUGCAUCACGAUAGUGGUGCUGACCGGUAUCGUGGUGGUGGGGUUGGAGUGGGAGGCCAAAGCCCAGGUGGUGCUUCUGUUCAUCCUGCUGGCCGCCAUCGGUGACUUCCUAAUAGGCGCGGCGAUAGGACCCAAGGGCGAUGAGGAGGUGGCGCAAGGAUUCGUGGGAUUUAAUAUGACAGUAUUACGUGACAACCUGGGCCCGGACUACCGCGUGUUUGAGGGAGUACAACAUGACUUCUUCUCUGUUUUCGCAAUAUUCUUUCCCGCAGCUACCGGGAUUCUCGCGGGCGCUAACAUCUCCGGUGAUCUAAAGGACCCCUCAUCAUCUAUUCCCAAAGGAACCCUCCUGGCGAUCCUGCUGACGACAAUAUCGUACAUCGUGAUAGCGGUGGUGGCGGGCUGGACGGUGGUGCGCGACGCGGGCGGCGGCGUGCAAGACUGCGUGCUUGCGGGCACGUGUGCGUACGGCCUGCAUCAUAGCAACGACGUUAUUCGCCUGGUCUCAGCUUGGGGCCCGUUGGUCUACGGCGGAUGUUUUGCUGCCACAUUGUCCUCCGCGUUAGCGUCCCUCGUCUCUGCACCUAAAGUAUUUCAGGCCCUAUGUCAAGACAAGCUCUACCCAUAUUUGGAGUUCUUCGCCAAAGGUUACGGGAGUAAUAAUGAGCCGGUACGCGGGUACGCGCUCACCUUCAUCAUAGCUGUCUCGUGUAUAUUGAUGGGAGGACUAAACCAAAUCGCUCCUUUGAUAUCGAACUUCUUCCUCGCCGCGUACGCGUUGAUCAACUUCGCGACAUUCCACGCCAACAUCACCAAACCUGUCGGAUGGAGGCCUACUUUUAGGCUGUACAACACGUGGCUGUCGCUGGUGGGUGCGGUGGUGUGCGUGGCGAUUAUGUUCGUGGUGUCGUGGGUGACGGCGCUGGUGACACUGUCCUGUCUGCUCACGCUGUACCUCAUCGUGUCGUAUCGGAAGCCGGACGUGAACUGGGGCUCGACGACGCAGGCGCAGUCGUACAAGAGCGCGCUGUCCAGUGUGCAACAUCUCAACCGGGUUACUGACCACGUCAAGAACUAUAGGCCACAGAUACUAGUACUGACCGGAUUCCCGGGCGAGCGGCCUAUAUUGACGGACUUUGCGUAUCUUAUUACCAAAGAUUCUUCGCUGCUGCUUUGCGGACAUGUUAUACAGAACCCGACGUCGCAUCGCACGCGCGAGGCGCUCACUAGUCGCGCGUACCACUGGCUCGCGCGCCGCAAGAUCAAGGCGUUCUACACGAUAGUCGACGACACGCCGCUCAAAGAUGGCGCCAGUGCGUUGUUGCAGGCAAGUGGUCUCGGCAAACUGAAACCCAAUAUUCUGCUGAUGGGCGUGCGCGAGGACUGGGAGUCGAGUACGCGGCAGGAGCUCGUCGACUAUGUUGAUAUACUGCAUAAAGCCCUGGACGUGCACGUGGCGUUGGCGCUGCUGCGUGUAGAGGGCGGCGUGCGCGCGGCCGCCGCGCUCGAGCCCGAGCUGGCCGCGUACCUCGCGCCCGCGCCCCGCCCCACGCCCCCCGCUAACGAUUCGAUUGGUGAAAGCAUCAAGGACUCUAAAUCUACGGAGAGUUUGAACAUACAUUCUGUUGGUAGCAGUUUGUCUGACCUAUCAGGCCCGGGUUCGCCCGCGCCGCUGCGUGUCAACCAGCACCCUGAGACUGCGGACGCCAACACUGACACAAACGGGCCGCAAAAGAAAGAGAAAGAAGAGAGGGGUGGACUAAGCGCGCUGCUUGGACGAAAUCGGCGGCGCGUGUCGUCGUUCACGUCAGUGGAGCAGUUUACCAAGCGGCAGGCGGGCACCGUCGACGUGUGGUGGCUGUACGACGACGGAGGUCUGACGCUGCUGCUGCCGUACAUUCUGUCGACGCGUCGCGCGUGGGCGGGCUGCCCGCUGCGCGUGUUCACGCUCGCCAACAACAACGCCGAGAUGGAGAUUGAGGAACGCAAUAUGGCUUCCCUGCUCUCCAAGUUCCGGAUAGACUACUCCGCGUUGGAGAUGAUUCCCGACGUGUCUAAGAAGCCCAAGGAGUCUACUUUGGCGUACUUCGACAAGCUCAUCGCGCCGUAUAUGACGACGGACGACAGUAAUGAUCCCACGGGCAUCACGGAGGCGGAUCUGCUGGCGGCGCGUGACCGCACGCACCGCUACUUGCGCGUGCGCGAGCUAGUGUCCGCCCGGUCCGCCGGCGCGCGGCUGGCGUGCGUGACGCUGCCGAUGCCGCGCCGCCGCCUGCCCGCGCCGCUUUACGCCGCGUGGCUGCGCGUGCUCGCCACCGCUGCGCCGCGCGUGCUGCUCGUGCGCGGCAACCACGCCGCCGUGCUCACCUACUACUCGUAGCGGGGGACGUCACCCCCCGCGCCAUAGCGGUUUUACACUGUACGAUACGAUAUCGUGUACGAUAAUCUACCGAUCGGAAACACUCGCUCAAAAGGAGCGUUCUCCAAUCAUGUCGAUGACGAAGACAGGACAAAUAUACCAUAGAUUAAUGGUAUUCUAAAAUAUUAUAUUCCUGUCUUGUUGAUACCUUUUUAUCGUUACGACAUGCGAUAUUAACAUCGCCCACGCCCGACGUUUUGCCGAGUACUCGCUCAUGCGUCUACAUUAUUUUUAAUACUCGGACAAUAUGGAAAAUAUAGGGUAUGUGACGUCACACUGAAGAAAGUAGGGUGACGUCAUAGUGUCUGUCAGUUAUCUGUGACGUUAAUUUUCAUCAGCAUAAAAAUUUCGUCCAGUUGUUUCCUGUGUCCUUUUUGACGAAAAAUAAGAUCUUUUAGUUAAUACAUAUAUAAAAUAACUGCUUCUUACAUUCCAUUCCCUGCUAGUACAAAAGUACAGAGUAAGUAGAAUCUAUUUUAUUUGAGCAUUUGCCCACUUUACUUGCAAGCGGAUAAUUUUUCCACUGGUCUGCCAAGAUUCAAAUGUAUCAGACAUAUUGUAUGCUGCUUUCAGAAACAUUUAAUGGAGAUUAUAGAUGAUUAGUAAACUUUAAUUAAAUGAAAAGUUUGACAGAAAAUCUUUAGAGCUUAUGUCAAAAUCUUUAUCUCGGAGUGGCACAAAGAGACAGUGUUAUAAGAUUAUCCGUUGUGCAAAUAUUUCAAAACAAGGGGUAAAUUUACUAAACGUAUACGGAUUGUAUCAAACCUACUAACAAUAUUAAUUUAUUCGCGUAGUUUUAAUUCGAACACUAAUGUUUUGUAAUAAGGUUUCAUAUAGCUUGAAUGUGAUUGUG